CUCAUGGUUGCUGCUGCUGGGAUCAAAUGGUGGACGUUUCCCCAUUGAAAAACCGGCUCGUCAAAUCGCAGUCCGGUUGAUCCAGUUCCACCUUUUCCUUUCGCUCCGAGGAGCUGUGGGGAGAGUGUAACAGUUCAAUCCGGCUCUCCUCUCCUGGGUUUCCUAGUCGCUCCCGCUGCUGCUGCUGCUGCUGCUUGCCUGCUGCUUGACUACAUUGUAUCGGUUCCCACACGAAGAAGCAAACGCGAUGCUCUCUUUCACAAACGGGCGAACACGGAGGAAUUAACCUGGAUGGAAAGCCGUUCACUGUGGAAUUCAUUUGCAGAAGGCUGCGACCGAAGAACCGCUUCGCUUGGGGCUCGGGAAGGCAGCGGUGAAAAUGCGCCUGGGACUCGGCUGUUUUCGCUGUGGACGGUGUCUCGAAGUGUGAUGGCAGAAGUCCAGUGAAUCGCUGGCCUCCCCUCCUCUCUUGUGUUGGGUGUCUGGGGGAGUGCGCUGCCACUGGUUUCUACUAGAGCUUCAGAUUGUAUUUAGAGGUUUUACUGCAACUCAGUCGCCUGCACGUUGAUUUAUUCUUUACACGGAGCGCACACCGCCAUGGACGGAGAGCGGUUUGGAAUAGGAUUGUUUAGUUAAGUCGGGCACAAUGUGGUUAAAUGGGACAGGAAGGAGUAGAACGUGAAGAUUCUCUGACCCUUGCCCCUGACUCCCAACCGUCCGAGAGGGUGUCGGACCUCACCGAGGCAUUCCUGGGCCGUUGGCACUAAAAUGUCCCUAAGUGGUGGCACUGCAGGCGGGAAAGGUGUGGACUCGAAUGCGGUGGACACUUACGACAGCGGGGAUGAGUGGGAUAUCGGUGUUGGAAAUCUGAUCAUCGACCUCGACGCGGACUUAGAGAAGGACAAACUUGAGAUGUCUGGCACCAAGGACAGCAUGGCGGCACCACCCAGCGCAGUGGCAGCGUUGCCCGACAACAUACGAUUCGUCAGCCCGGUCUCCGGCGCUCAAGGCAAGGAGAGCAAAUCCAAAUACAAGCGCAGCAAGAACUCUAAAGACAAUAGCAGCAAAGCUUCCGCGGAUGGGGGGAAAAAGGAGCCCACCGGACGGACUCAAGGGGAACCAACAGGUGCAGCAGCGAGCGCGGUCGCUGCCGGCAACAAUUCCACCUCCGGGAAGAACAUGGAAAAAGGGGGCAAGGCCUCCCGAGGUGUUCUCGGAGGUAAAAAAGACAAGGAAGGAGCCGGCGGGAAAAAUAAGAAAGACAAAACAGAUGGUGCCCCAGUCGUGGCAAUUGGCGUCUCUGAGAAGGACGUAUCUCAGGCCCAAGUUGCUUUGGGAAAUAGUCGUAAUGCGUCCUUUGAGAACACACAAUCACCAGACUUGGCAGAUGCUAAUCAAAUGGGGAAUAUUGCACUUGAAUCUGUUGGGAUAGUACCAGCUUUGACCUCCAAAACUGAACCAGAUGAGGUGGAAAAUGUUAACAGCGAUUGCAAGACGUUAAAGAAGAUUAAAAACGAGAAGGUAGGUUGUUCAUUUUACUCCGUUGUGAUGUUUGUUGAAUAUCUAUCAUCACCUUUUGCUUUGACGGAUCACGUUCAAAUUGCAUUUGACAUUAAUUCCUUCUUGAAUUGGGGAUGUACUCAUAGUGUGUUUCUUCUUUAGAUCAAAGCAUUGGCAUUUUAACCAAAGG